GGGGUAAUGAAGUCUAUCUUGGAUGGCCUAGCCGACACCACGUUCAGAACAAUUACUACUGACCUUCUCUAUAUGGGACCAAAUGAAGUCCAGUAUGAAGACACAAAGGGUGAUCUUUCUAAACUGGGCUAUUACCCACAGAAACUACCUUUAUCCUCAUAUCAAGAAAAAAUUAUAGACGGUCAAAGUACCCUACAUCUGGAUUCUAAUAAUGCAACUGAAUUUUACAACAAGUCAUUCACUACCUUUAGAGAUGGUGAUGGCAGUAUACAAUGCGGAAACAACUUCAUGGACAUGGAAUGCUUUAUGAUUCUUACCCCAAGCCAACAGCUAGUCGUUGCUGCUCUUUCCAUAACCCUGGGUACAUUUACUGUGCUGGAGAACGUGCUUGUGCUGUGUGUCAUCUUGCAGUCUCGUACUUUAAGAUGCAGACCCUCCUACCAUUUUAUUGGCAGCUUGGCAGUUGCUGAUUUUUUAGGCAGUGUCAUUUUUGUUUACAGUUUUGUUGAUUUCCAUGUUUUCCAUCGGAUAGACACCCCAAAUGUUUUUCUAUUCAAACUAGGGGGCGUAACAGCUUCAUUUACAGCCUCAGUUGGUAGUCUGUUUCUAACUGCAAUAGACAGGUACAUCUCCAUACACAGGCCAAUGUCAUAUAAAAGAAUAGUCACAAGGACAAAAGCUGUCAUUGCAUUCUGUAUGAUGUGGACGAUAGCUAUUGUCAUUGCUGUGCUUCCUCUGCUAGGAUGGAAUUGCAAGAAGCUAAAAUCCAUAUGCUCAGAUAUUUUCCCACUUAUUGAUGAGACCUAUCUGAUGUUUUGGAUUGGGGUAACCAGUGUUCUUUUGUUAUUUAUAGUGUAUGCAUAUAUGUAUAUAUUGUGGAAAGCUCACACCCAUGCUGUGAGAAUGUUGCAACGGGGCACUCAAAAGAGCAUCAUAGUUCACACAUCAGAAGAUGGCAAAGUCCACAUCACUAGACCGGACCAGGCACGUAUGGAUAUCAGGUUAGCAAAGACUCUGGUCCUUAUUUUAGUGGUGUUAAUCAUUUGUUGGGGUCCUCUCCUUGCCAUUAUGGUUUAUGAUGUCUUUGGAAAGAUGAACAAGACUGUAAAGACAGUAUUUGCCUUCUGCAGCAUGCUUUGUUUGCUUAAUUCGACUGUGAAUCCCAUCAUCUACGCUCUUCGAAGCCAAGACUUGAGAAAUGCAUUUUGUAGCAUGUUCCCUGCUUGUGAAGGGACUGCGCAACCUCUUGAUAACAGCAUGGAGUCUGACUGUCAGAACAGACAUGCUCAUAAUAGUAACGUCCACCGAGCAGCUGAAAGCUGCAUUAAAAGCACAGUAAAGAUCGCCAAAGUGACCAUGUCAGUAUCCACAGAUACAUCUGCUGAAGCAGUGUAAGUCAGUCAUACUGAUGGGAAGAAAAGAAAGUGGAGUCUGUCCCCUCUUAAUUUGUUAAGUAUAACAAGAGAUAAAGAGCAAUUAAUAUCCCUACUAUUCAUACAAAUUUAAGUAGGAAAAAAUUGAGAUUUCAGUAAAAAAGUUUUACUCUGUUACAAUCCUUAGUUUAGAA